AUGCGGUAUCCGACAGGACUCGCUGCCUUAAAUCUUUCCAUUCUUUUUAGCGCAGCAGCUGGAGCAGCAACAACAUGCUCGCCCGAUGCCAUUCCUACUCCUGAACUACUGGGUGGCCAGGUCCUCUCCAUUACGGCGACUUCGGUUAAAAAUUUCGGCGGAAGCACCAGCUUCUGCAAUGUCACCGUCCUCUACACGCAUCCUGGACAGAAUGAUAAGGUCAACGUCUACGUGUACCUCCCCUCUGCCGAGGACUGGAACGAGCGCUUCAUGGGCUACGGUGGCGGAGGCUACCGCAUGAGAUCCAACGACAGCCUCAUCACGAGCGAAGUAGCCAAAGGCUACGCUGUGGCAUCAACCGACGGUGGACAUGACUGGACAGUCAACAGUGCUGAGUCCUGGGCGUUGGUUAGCCCUGGCAACAUCAAUGCAUACCUCUUUAACAAUUUCGCCGCCGUGUCUUUGGAAGACGCAACUAUUAUCGGGAAAGCAGUCACCGCCAGCUUCUACGGGCAAACCCCCAGGUACUCGUACUGGAAUGGAUGUUCAACCGGCGGUCGUCAGGGGCUUAUGAUUGCGCAAAGGUUUCCGAACCUGUACGACGGGAUCUUGGCCAAAGCUCCUGCCAUCAACUGGGCCAAUUUUGUCGCAGCAGAAUACUGGCCGCAGUUCGUUAUGAACCAGCUGGACGUAUACCCAACACAGUGUGAGCUCAACGCCAUCACUGCCGCCGCCAUCGAAGCUUGUGACGGUCUGGACGGGGUUGAGGACGGUAUCAUUGCAGACCCUCUGGCCUGCAAUUUUGACCCGUUCACUAUCGUCGGUCGCGAGUACACCUGCGAUAACUCCAGCUCCGUCGUUUCAGAGGCAGCCGCCACUAUCGCCCAGAAGACGUGGGAAGGCGCCCGUACGAGCAACGGCAACUUCUCUUGGUAUGGUCUGAGUCCGGACGCCCCUCUCUCCGGCUUGGCCAACACAUCGUGCACUGGUAGUGACUGCACUGGCGCUCCCUUCUACAUUGCUGAGGAAUGGAUAAACUUCUGGGUCAAGCGCGGCGAUCCGACCUUCGAUAUUACCAAUAUGUCGCACACCGAGUACGAUGCCAUCCUGCAUCGCUCCGUCAACCAGUACAAGUCCAUCAUAAGCACUGACGACCCGGAUCUGUCCGAGUUCAAGGGAGCCGGCGGAAAAAUGAUCACCUGGCACGGUCUUGCCGAUCCAGUCAUCGCUCCGGAGGGCACGACCGAUUACUAUGAUAAUGUUCUGGAGCUCGAUCCCGCGGCGGCAGAUUUCUACCGUUAUUUUAGGGCGCCGGGCGUUGGGCAUUGCAGCGGGGGCACUGGACCGGUUCCGACUGAAGCUUUGGACUCCUUGGUAAGUUGGGUUGAGCAGGGUGUCGCGCCUGACACUCUUCCUGCGAGUGUACAAACAGGGAACGCGACCAGGAAACUGAAUCUCUGUGCGUAUCCGUUGGUUCCUGCGUACAAAGGUGGUGACAUUAUGGAGGAUUCUUCGUAUGAAUGCAAGGAGACAUUCACUUGA